GUGGAGGGAUCUUGUGUUGAGGUGACGGAGCCUGGUGACGAUGCGCUCCGGGGAGGGGGACGGGUGCUGCGGGGUGGCGGUGGGGGCGAAGUAGGUGAUGCUGAGGUAUGGCUGGGGGAGGAGGGAGAGAGAGGAAGCAGGACGGGUGCUCCGACAUCUUUGGUUUUUUUUUUGUUUUUAAUAAUUUUUAAAAUAAAUUAAAGAUAAUUAAUUAGGGUUAGAGACACUCGAAAAAUGUUUAAAUUUACGUGUCUAUCGGACGUUAACAUGUGACCGUCAACAUUAUUGCCUAACGGUCAACCGUCUAAUCGUGACGUCAGAGCAUCAACAUUAGACUUUCUUACAAAAUAAAGGUUCUAAUUUGUGAAUUAAAUUAACGGGAAACCAAAUGUGAAAUUACACCUAAAAUAAGAGAUCAAAAAUAUAAUUUUAGCUAAAAAAAAAUACUUAUACGGUCACCAAUCAAAAACACAAAAAGGGCAAAAAGUUGAGCCCAGGCCCAUUUAUUUAAACUUCGGGUGUAAGAUUAAAUCUUGUGGGUGAAGCAACGAAAUACUACAAAAACAUGAACGUAGGAUGAGAAAGAUGGUCGGAAAUUGAGGAAGUAGUAAAAUGAUUCCCAAGAUUUCUCCGAUGAACGAGGAUGGGAAGAACAGAGGAAUCGGAAUAGCCACCGAAAACCCUUAUUAUGGAACCUUUCAAGGCGUCGCUAACCACUAUCCUCCUCAACACCAACAACCACCCGUUCCCUACGCUAAUUAUUACCAACGACAAGGAUACCACGUCGUUCCAGUUUAUGCCGUUGCUGAAGGAAGGCCUGUGAGAGAACGUCGUCUUCCUUGCUGUGGACUUAGUCUGGGUUGGUUCUUGUUUAUAAUGGGUUGGUUUCUUGGUGGUGUUCCCUGGUACGUUGGCACUUUCAUUCUAAUGUUUGUACAUAUGGAUUGCCGAGAAAAGCCUGGAUUGAUUGCAUGCGCAGUUGCUUCCUUCGUUACUGUGAUUGUUCUUGCCCUUGGUGUCACACAAGGAGAUCUUGGGAGGUUGACAUCCUUUUGACCUGCACAAUCCUGUGGACCUUUUCUUGCUGUAAUUUACUCUUUGGAACUCGGUGCGGAAGUUACAAUUGGCUGCGGUUGGAAAUUGAUACUUAAAUGCAAUUUCUACAUGUUAGACUAGUAGUUGAUGGAAGUUUGGAAACAGAUUAAAGAAAAACUCCUUUUAAAUAGGAUGUAUAAUAUACAUCCACUUGACCUAAUUUAAAGUGUAUUAUGAUUUUAAUUUACUAAACUUUAAUAGUAUUCACUCUUAAAUAUUAACUCGUAUAAUAUGUAC